CGACAGAGAUGAAAAGUUAGUAACAUUUUAUACAGGCACUUUUAGAGCACCUUCGCGGACUUCCGUCAACGUGUUUAAAGACCCCAUCAUGUCCAUGCUUGCAGAACCCCGGAGAAAACAGAAGUGGUCUGUUGACCCGCGGAACAGCGCGUGGAGUAAAGAUGAGUCCAAGUUCGGCCAGAAGAUGUUGGAGAGAAUGGGCUGGUCCAAGGGAAAGGGCCUGGGGAGAACCGAGCAGGGCUCCACAGAACACGUCAAAGUCAAAGUGAAGAACAACCAGCUAGGGCUGGGAACCACUGCUAGCCACGAGGACAACUGGAUCGCCCAUCAGGAUGACUUUAACCAGCUGCUGGCGGACCUCAACAACUGCCAUGGUCAAAACACUGCCAAUGAAGCCCCAUCAGAGGAGAAACAACAGGAGAAGUCCUUCAGCCUGGAGGAGAAGUCAAAGACGUCCAGGAAGAGGGUCCACUACAUGAAGUUCACCAAAGGGAAGGACCUGUCCAGCCGCAGCCAGACAGACCUGGCCUGUAUCUUUGGGAAGAGGGGGACGAAGCGCGUGGCCGAGGACCAGGAAGAGGAGAGAAGUGGGCCAAACUCCCAGGGGGUGAACGAGAAGGAGACCAGGGCAGUUACAGCACCAGCUACAACGGUUGCGACCCCUGAACCUGAUGUAGAGGUCAUCACCAAGACAGUCACCAGCACCCUCUCCAUGCAGGAGUACUUUGCCCAGCGGAUGGCUCAGCUGAAAAAGGGUCGUGGCGAGGCUCCCACUGCAACCUCAUCACCAGAGAACAGUGAUGCGCAGAAAGUCCCGGCUGAUUUUGCCACUGACCACACAGAGGAACUCACGUCAAAGAAGAAGAAGAAGAAGAAGAAGAGAAAGAGAGAGAGGGAAGAGGAUGACGUGGUGGUGAAGGAGGAGUGUGUCGUAGCUCCCGUGUCGGAGGGGCGCGAGAAGAAGAGAAAGAGAAAGAGGGCGGAGAAAGAGGUGUUGGCUGAAGACUGCAGCGCCACCACUGGCGUGGAGCAGAACUGCCAGGACCUCCAAAUUGUAGACUUAACAACAGAGUGUGAGGUUGUAAAUAAGAAAUGGAGGGGGGAGGUGGUUGUCGUGGAGGACGAGGUUGAGGUGAUCGUGGUAAAAGAGAAGAAAUCUAAAAAGGACAAGAAAAAGAAGAAGAGAAUAGAUCUACAUUCUUUGUAGAAGUCUAGAACCGUCUUCUCUUGGGCUGCGUCUCAAAUGGCACCCUAAUCCCUUUGUAGUGCAGUACCCCGCAUGGCUCUGGUAUAAAGUAGUGCACUAUAGAUAGAUCUCUAUCUAUCUAUCUAUCUAUAGAGAGAAUAGGGCGCCAUUUGGGAUGCACAAUAGUCCUCAGGUUUCUGUGCUACAGUACAGUAGGCCUCUGGUCGUACAUGAAAGAACUGGGUCUAUGCACAGAGUGAUAUUCUCAUCAGGUAGUUUGGACUGAAUAUCUGCUGGAAAUAAUCUAGGUAGUUCUACGUUUCUGGAUGAGUUUGGUGCUUUCCCAGAGAUACACUUUUAAAAUGAUCAUUGUGACUCUAUGUUCUCUGGAUGCCCACUGUAGUCUCCCUAAAGUCUCUGCCCACUGUAGUCUCCCUGUAGUCUCUGCUCCCUGUAGUCUCCCUAAAGUCUCUGCCCACUGUAGUCUCCCUAAAGUCUCUGCCCACUGUAGUCUCCCUAAAGUCUCUGCUCCCUGUAGUCUCCCUAAAGUCUCUGCUCCCUGUAGUCUCCCUAAAGUCUCUGCUCCCUGUAGUCUCCCUAAAGUCUCUGCCCACUGUAGUCUCCCUAAAGUCUCUGCUCCCUGUAGUCUCCCUAAAGUCUCUGCCCACUGUAGUCUCCCUAAAGUCUCUGCUCCCUGUAGUCUCCCUAAAGUCUCUGCCCACUGUAGUCUCCCUAAAGUCUCUGCUCCCUGUAGUCUCCCUAAAGUCUCUGCCCACUGUAGUCUCCCUAAAGUCUCUGCUCCCUGUAGUCUCCCUAAAGUCUCUGCUCCCUGUAGUCUCCCUAAAGUCUCUGCUCCCUGUAGUCUCCCUAAAGUCUCUGCCCACUGUAGUCUCCCUAAAGUCUCUGCUCCCUGUAGUCUCCCUAAAGUCUCUGCCCACUGUAGUCUCCCUAAAGUCUCUGCUCCCUGUAGUCUCCCUAAAGUCUCUGCUCCCUGUAGUCUCCCUAAAGUCUCUGCUCCCUGUAGUCUCCCUAAAGUCUCUGCCCACUGUAGUCUCCCUAAAGUCUCUGCUCCCUGUAGUCUCCCUAAAGUCUCUGCCCCCUGUAGUCUCCCUAAAGUCUCUGCCCCCUGUAGUCUCCCUGUAGUCUCCCUAAAGUCUCUGCUCCCUGUAGUCUCCCUAAAGUCUCUGCUCCCUGUAGUCUCCCUAAAGUCUCUGCCCCCUGUAGUCUCCCUAAAGUCUCUGCCCCCUGUAGUCUCCCUGUAGUCUCUGCUCCCUGUAGUCUCCCUGUAGUCUCUGCUCCCUGUAGUCUCCCUGUAGUCUCUGCUCCCUGUAGUCUCCCUGUAGUCUCUGCUCCCUGUAGUCUCCCUAAAGUCUCUGCUCCCUGUAGUCUCCCUAAAGUCUCUGCUCCCUGUAGUCUCCCUAAAGUCUCUGCUCCCUGUAGUCUCCCUAAAGUCUCUGCCCCCUGUAGUCUCCCUAAAGUCUCUGCCCCCUAAAGUCUCUGCCCCCUGUAGUCUCCAUAAAAUCUCUGCCCCCUGUAGUCUCCCUAAAGUCUCUGCCCCCUAAAGUCUCUGCCCCCUGUAGUCUCCCUGUAGUCUCCCUAAAGUCUCUGCUCCCUAAAGUCUCUGCCCCGUGUAGUCUCCCUAAAGUCUCUGCCCCCUGUAGUCUCCCUAAAGUCUCUGCCCCUAAAGUCUCUGCCCCGUGUAGUCUCCCUAAAGUCUCUGCCCCCUAAAGUCUCUGCCCCGUGUAGUCUCCCUAAAGUCUCUGCCCCGUGUAGUCUCCCUAAAGUCUCUGCCCCGUGUAGUCUCCCUAAAGUCUCUGCCCCUUGUAGUCUCCCUAAAGUCUCUGCCCCCUGUAGUCUCCCUAAAGUCUCUGCCCCUAAAGUCUCUGCCCCGUGUAGUCUCCCUAAAGUCUCUGCCCCCUAAAGUCUCUGCCCCGUGUAGUCUCCCUAAAGUCUCUGCCCCCUAAAGUCUCUGCCCCGUGUAGUCUCCCUAAAGUCUCUGCCCCGUGUAGUCUCCCUAAAGUCUCUGCCCCCUGUAGUCUCCCUAAAGUCUCUGCUCCCUGUAGUCUCCCUGUAGUCUCCCUAAAGUCUCUGCCCCCUAAAGUCUCUGCUCCCUGUAGUCUCCCUAAAGUCUAAAGUCUAUUCUAAAACGGGACAGGGCGCCCAUUUCUAAAACGGGACAGCGGCCCCAUUUCUAAAACGGGACAGGGGGGCCAUUCUAAAACGGGACAGGGGGCCCAUUCUAAAACGGGACAGGGGGCCCAUUCUAAAACGGGACAGGGGGCCCAUUCUAAAACGGGACAGGGGGCCCAUUCUAAAACGGGAAAGGGGGCCCAUUCUAAAACGGGACAGGGGGGCCAUUCUAAAACGGGACAGGGGGGCCAUUCUAAAACGGGACAGGGGGCCCAUUCUAAAACGGGACAGGGGGCCCAUUUCUAAAACGGGACAGGGGCGCCAUUCUAAAACGGGACAGGGACGCCAUUCUAAAACGGGACAGGGGCGCCAUUCUAAAACGGGACAGGGGCGCCAUUCUAAAAACGGGACAGGGGCGCCAUUCUAAAACGGGACAGGGGCGCCAUUCUAAAACGGGACGGGGGGCCCAUUUCUAAAACGGGACAGGGGGGCCCAUUCUAAAACGGGACAGGGGGGCCCAUUCUAAAACGGGACAGGGGGGCCCAUUCUAAAACGGGACAGGGGGGCCCAUUCUAAAACGGGACAGGGGGGCCCAUUCUAAAACGGGACAGGGGGGCCCAUUCUAAAACGGGACAGGGGGGCCCAUUCUAAAACAGGACAGGGGGGUCUUAUAGAAAUGAAUUGAUGUGUGUUUGAUAUCAUAAUAACGUGUUCUCUUUUUAAAUCAGAUGAAAUCAACCUGUCAGUCUUCCUGAUCAAUAAAUCAAACUCAAAUGA